GUGGACCGAAAUAAAUUAAUUGCGUUUAUGAUUGGUCAUUUGACGGAGACUUUGUGAAUAUUUCAAAAGAAAUUAACCUUACAUUGUCAGCUGCGUUGAAUAAAGUAAAAUUGAAUAAAAAAAAGUUUUAUCAUAGUGACAAUUAAUGUUUUCAACAGCAAACAACAACAAUGUGAUUUAUUAUUAUUGCUAUUUUUUAUCAACAAAGGAAUUCUUAAAAAAUCACUUUCUUUUAUCUUAAUCACGUUUCUCAUGAAAUAUAGUUGGUGAGUAUUAUGUAUUAAAUAUAGUUUGGAUAAUACUGUAUAUGUAUACAUAUAUACAUAACAGAACGAGCAUAACCUCUAAAUCACAUUGUAUUAUGAGGGCAAAGUUUUUUUGCGACUCAAGUUAUUUUUAUGGGUGUACCCUUUAUACGCUGUUCUUGGCUACAUAAAAUUUUCGCAAAAAUAUAUUACGAAACAAGUUAUCACUAUUGUGAGUUAUCCUACGUACAACGUACGUCAAUCAAAAGGUGAUUGCGAUUGCAUGGCAAAAAAGCACUAUUCUGAUGCAACGAAUAUUAAGGAAAAAAAUUCUUAGUCAAAUUACGUUGUUGUUCGUAAUCAAUAAAAAAAUCUACACUGAAAAAACGUUCUGAGAAAACGAAUGCAGUUAUUUAUUCACUAAAAGAUAUGUAGAAAUAAUGUCACGCAGUUUACCAGAAAGGGUGGCUGGCCUUUAUUAUGCCCACGGCCUAUUUUGUUCAUCUCAUCCUAUAAUUGUUAUUUCGUUUGCUAUUUCUGUUAUAUUACUAUGCAGUUAUCCAUUAGUAAAUCUGCCUAUGCCUGGAAAUGCGCCGAAAAUUAUUGUCAAUCACACAACAUCAACACCGUCAAAUGGUUCAAAAAAUUCCGAUUUAUAUGUUCAACAAGUAGUACUACGAGUCGCAGUACUGCCAUGGUCGGAAGAUUUAUCUCUAAUGGACGCUUUUCGAGGACCACUUUACGAAAUUUUCAAUCUCUUGGAAAUUAUACAAAAUUACCAAGAUCAUGAGACGAAAAAUUCUCUUAGUCAAAUUUGUCUACACGUGGAGGCGGUUAAGAAAAGAAAUCCUAAAAAGCCGGAUAUAUUGCCGGAGUACAACUGUCUUGUUUUGUCUCCAGCAAAUUUUUGGCAACGAAGUAUUCAAUUUUUUAAUCAAGACACAAAUCUAAUUGGCACUAUAUUUUCUUAUCAAAGUCUUCAGAAAGGAAAAAUAAGCAUUGCCGAGAUGCUAUUUGGAAUGAGUUUAAAAGAAACAGGAAUUAAGAGGCAUCCUAUUCGAGUUCGACAAAGAGUUGUUCAAUACGCAGUGACUGUAUUUUUAAAAGAACAUGACACAAAAUUUAUAGAUGGUUUAAAACGAAGAUUGACAACCUACUAUUCUCUUCAUCAAUCCGAGGAUAACACAACAAAUCCGCCACUUACAAAUGAAACAUUACACAUACUUUAUCCAGGAGAAUUUAAUUAUAGUGACUUUUUUCCAUUGACAAUGACAUUUGUCGCUUUAUUCGUUUACGUUUAUUUCUCAGUGAGAAAAAUUGAAUUAGUCAAGUCAAAAUUGGGCAUAGCAUUUAGUGCCACAAUUACAGUAAUAUCAUCACUUUCAAUGACUGUUGGUGUGUGUUUCUUUUUUGGAUUGACAUUAAGUCUAAGUGGCAAGGAAGUGUUUCCUUAUUUGGUAAUUAUCGUCGGUUUGGAAAAUGUGUUGGUUUUAACAAAAAGUGUAGUGAGUACACCUUCGAAUCUGGAUGUGAAAAUUCGUGUUGCUCAAGGUUUAUCGAAAGAAGGAUGGUCUAUAACGAAAAAUAUUUUAACUGAAGUCACUAUUUUAACAAUUGGCUUAUUUACAUUUGUACCUGCUAUACAAGAAUUUUCAAUAUUCGCUAUUGUCGGUCUAUUAAGUGAUUUCUUUCUACAAAUGGUGUUUUUCUCAACAAUUCUUGCUUUCGAUAUUAAAAGAUCCGAGUUUUCUAUUCAAAAUUCAAAAUAUCAUUUCGCCAAUGAUCCGUACUUUCGUAAACAACCAUUCACAACAAUUAUAUCCAACAAAAAAGCAAAUAUUUUUCGUUCCAAGUCACAUCCAAAAUUAAAUGGAGUUGUUGGACCAACAAAUGUGAUUGCGCCAAAUACACAAAAUACAACGCCUUUGGUGAAAAUUCCUAAACGUUUAAAAUUGGUGCAUCUUUGGGCCAGGACAAGAAUAUUUCAACGGGCAUUUAUGGUUUGGAUGGUCGUUUGGAUUAGUAUGAUUAUUUAUAAUUCUGGCAUUGUCGAGCAUAUGAUUCAUUUGAGUGAUAAUUUGAAACAAGACUCGGACAUGGAUGGUUAUACAAUGGAAAAACCUCAAAUAUUGAAUAAUUUUGUUGAGAUGAGUACCGUGAAACCAAUUUUAACAUCUACUACCAUGGCACCUAAUCACUUACGAGAUCAAAAUUACGAAACAAAGAAUAUUACCGAAGAGUUGAACAAAUUACGAUCCGUUGAUUUUCCACCUUGGAAUCGUCUUUCAUUAUAUCACUGGUCGACAAUACUCUCCAUGUACAAUAUAUCAAUGGCUGGCAAACAAAUGAUUAUUCUUCCCACAAUUAAAUUGUCAUAUGCAGUUAGUCCUCAGAUAGCAAAGCAGAUUAGCAAUCCUAAUGAUAUUCAACAAUUUCAAUGGCAAAGUUUAGCAACUGCUGCUCUCGAUCCUCUCGAUUUUUCCGAUAUGGAAUUGCCGACGCGAUCCGAGGUUCGUGGAUUCAAUACCGAUGCACCGUUUAUACCGACGAGUCCAAUGGAAAUAUUUUUAGCUGCAUUGCUUUGCUCCGUAAGUGUGAUUGUUGUUGCUUAUACAAUGGUAGUGUUGUACCGAUGUAUUUGCACGAGAAAUUACGCCGAGUGGAGAGCCAGUUGGCAUCAUCAGGAAAAAUCAUCGGAUUCAGCAACGCAACUUGUGCUUGAAGCUGUUCCAUUGGUACUCGAUGGUCAUGUACAGGAAGUCGAAUGCAUUGCCACCGAUGGUAACACUGUUGCCAGUAGUUGUUUAGCAGGACAUAUCAGAGUUUGGGAUUCAAUAUCCGGUGAGCAAUUAUCAUUUGUCGAUCGACGACAAUUUUUCAGUAGUCCACAGAAAGAAUUAAUAAACAUAGCUCAUGAUCAAGAUGAAUUAAUGUCAGAUUAUGAAAGUGGUUCACCACCUUCGAGAGGCGAAAUGGAAAUUGCCAAUUCCUAUAGUUUUCCAUCUAAUUCAACGUCAAUUCAUAAACGUAAAUCAUUUCAUGAAUUGAACACUCAUCCAAAAAUGAGCCAAGAAUUCACAAACAAGAGACACUCCUUUGGAAACACUGGAGAUCUUAAUUAUCAAAUUAAUGACAUUUCAUCAGAUAAGCGUAAAUCAUUAGAUCUGCCAGAUUUAAGACCCGCUAUUAAUAUCAAAUUCUCAAACAUGAAGUAUUCUCCUAUUCAGAAAAAUGCUGAUCGAGGCUUUGAUUAUGGGGAACAAUACAAACAGAUCUUUGAGGAUCACAGGAAAUUAAAAGAAUUACACAGAUGUGACGAUACGAAACAAAGGAAUCAAAGUUCAUUGAAAGUAAAUAAAUUAGCCGAUAGUGUAAUUUCUUUGAACGCUGAUAAAAUAUCACAGACGUCGUAUGUGCCUCAAAUUUGGUGCAUUGAUUAUCAAGAAAAUUUAAUAGUGGUUGGUUGUGCUAAUGGGACUUUGGAAUUUUGGGAAGGCACAACUGGUAGAUUCAAGUGCUUGUUUGAUGAUGCAUCGGGAUUAGGAAUCUCAGCCGUGAAAUUUGUUGGCAAUAGAGUAAUUGUAGCUAGAUUAAGUGGAUCAUUAGAUUUUUUGCAACUAGAAAGUUAUAGCGAAGGACAGCAAAUAGAUUGGGGUUUCACAUCUUACAGAAGAACACAUGUAAGAACGGGAAGUGCUGGAUCGCCAAUGGAUAUAAAUAAUACUACACAAUCCGUAGAGGAUUUACGAUGUAUAAAAUUAUGUUCUCAUCGAGCGCAUCAACAAGUGAUAACAGUGCUCGAUAGUGAAGGCGGACGAGUUUUAACCGGAAGUCAAGAUCACACUAUAAAAGUCUAUAGGGUCGAGGAUCAACUUCCCUUAUACACUUUACACGGGCAUUGUGGGCCUAUUUCUUGUCUCUUUAUUGAUAGGAUAAAUCCUAUGACUUCAGGAAGUGGAUCUCAAGAUGGUUUGCUCUGUGUUUGGGACCUUUUAACUGGAACGUGUAUGUAUAGCAUUCAAGCUCAUGAUGGCGCUGUGGCCUCAAUCACUUGUUCUGCCUCUUAUGUUAUCAGUAUGGGUCUCGAUGAAAAACUUUGUGUUUGGGAACGUUUCCAAGGACAUUUGUUACAUGCCCUACCAUCUCAGAGGAUUUCGUUAUGUUUGCAGCUUGUUAUGUUAACUCAUCAUUUACUUAUAACAAGUACUCAGGGUUCAUUAGUUAUUUGGGAUGUAAGAACUGGAGAACCUGUUCGAGAAGUGAGAUUAGGACACAAGGACAAUAGUGUCUUUAUAAAGCAAAUGUUGCCACUUCGAGAUAGUGUAAUAUGUGACUUUGGUAGACAGUUAAGAAUAGUUAGAUUUCCACUUGUCUCGGACAAGAUGGAUUAAAUUUUUACAAAUAUUUCAAAAUAAUUGCGCAACUGAAGAAAGACUUUUUUUUCCAAAGUUAUUUAACAUCGAAAUUUAAGAGGCUAUUCUUAUUUAAAGUUAGUCUUUUAGUUUUAGAAUUUGAUGCUCUGAUUUUCAAAUCAAGCAACUACCCAAAACAAAAAAAUAUCGACACAACGAUAUUUCCAAUCAUCGUUUCAUAGUUGUAUAAAAUUAAAAAUAUUUUAGAAAAGAAUCAACCUAAUAAUACUAUUUUUUGUCAAAAAAGAAAAUUUUUUAAUUUUCAAACUUGUAAAUUAUAUAUUUAUAAUUUUUCCCAACUUUGAUAUAACUUAUACAAAAGUAAUAUAAUUGUUAUAUUUAACGCUUCCUUGAAUCCGUCGCAAAUAUGGGAAAUAAUAUUCAAGUGUAAAAAUAAUAUUAAUGACUAAGAAUACAAUUCUAGUAUAUUUUGAAGGCUAUGCUAUUAUUGGAAGAAAAAAAAAUAAUUUUACGGUGUAAAUGUAUUUUCUACGAUAUAUUAUGAAUUUUCGUCAAUAAAUUUACUCUAUUUUUUUUAAUUAGAAAAAGCAUUUUCAAAUGUGAAACAUGUAAACGCGACAUUUUUCUUUUGCAUUAUAUUUCUGCAUUUUUUCUUCAAUCAUUUUGAUCAAUUUUCGAGAUUGUUUUACUUAAAUUUUAAUGAAAGUAAAACACAAUGUGCCAUUUAUUCAUUUUCACUUGUUAAUCACAAUUAAUAUUUAAUUUACAUUAUAUGCAAAAAAUAUAGUUACAUGACAAUUCAUUUCUCAUUAAUUUUUAUUAUUUUGCAUUUGCUACUAUAAAUGUAGAAUAUUAAUAAAAUAUAUUUUUAGAUUAUUAAGUAAUUUUGUAAUUAAGAUUUUAUUUUUAUGACUUAAUUAAUAAUUUCAAUAAUAUUGUUGCAUAAAUGUUUCAGUAUUUGAAGAGGCAAAUAAUAAUUAUUAGGGCAGCUAAAAUAUUUAAUGAAAAAAAAACAUAGUCUCAAAAUGUAUUUAAAACGUUAUUGGAAAUAUUAAUGAUUCUUGACUGUGAUGUUGAGUUAGAAAUAAGUGUUAAUUUUUAUUUGUAACAUUUCUUUUAAAUAAUUUUUAAUGUCAACGCUUUUCAAUUGUAGAUCUUAAUUAUUUAAUGUGUGGAAACUUUGUUUUAAUUUUAUUUUUUUGCGUGCAAUAUUUUAAUUUUGUUUCUGACUGAUAAUGCCGCUUUUUUAUUUGUAAUACAUUUAAAAUUAAAAUGUACGUUCUUCGAAAUUUUUAA